AUGACCAAGUUCGCCGCCUUCUCCCUGCUGGCGCUCGCCAUCUCGUCGGCCGCCGCCGCGCCGUCGCCGCGCCGCUGGAACAACGAGCGUCCGCAGCUGACGCAGAUCUCGCACUCGGAGAGCUCGCUCGUCGAUGCCAGCGACCUCACCGCUGUGGUCGACAUCCUCAAGCGCGAGCCCGAGCCCACGUGGCGCCACAACGACUACGACCGUCGCCCCGACGUGACGCAGAUCUCGAGCAGCAAGUCGUCGCUCAUCGACCUCAGCGACCUCACGGCCGUCGUCGACGUGCUCGACAAGCGCGAGCCGCACUACCGCCAGCAGGCGCCCGACGUGACGCAGGUGUCGAGCAGCAAGAGCACUCUCGUCGACGCCUCGGACCUCGACCUGCUCGUCGACAUUCUGAGCCAGAACAAUUACUUUGUCAGCAAGCGCUCCGACGAGGAGAUCCUCGAGCGCCGCGGCAACGACAACAGCCCCUUCUGGGCGCGCAACACCAAGGACGAGCGCUGCAUGUGCGUCAAGCGCACGACCUGCGGCGGCAACGGCGGCAACGGCGGCAACGGCGGCAACUACAACCCCCCGCACGUCUACAAGCCCACGCCGCAGCAGCCCAGCAAGGACCACGACCACGGCAACGACUGGACGCCCAAGCCCAAGCCGCCGCACGUCUACCAGCCCAACCCGAACCCGUCGCACCACUCCUGCCCCACCGGCUGGAGCUCGUACAGCAAGUCGUCGCUCGUUGACCUCUCCGGCGCCGACAUUGUGCUCUCGAUCCUGAGCGGCAACCAGGCUACCGAGGAGAAGACGGUCAAGGCUCAGGACGCCACGUGCCAGGACGGCAAGAAGUGCUGCUGGAAGCGCGGCCCCAACACGUGCCCCUCGGGCUGGUCGUCGUACUCCAAGUCGACGCUCGUGGACCUCUCCGACGCCAACAUCGUGCUCUCCAUCCUCUCUGGCAACAACCCGACCAACGAGCGCACCCUCAAGGCCAAGGACGCCAACUGCGAGGCGGGCCAGAACUGCUGCUGGAAGCGCUCCGAGUCGUGCCCUACUGGCUGGUCGAGCUACUCGGAGAGCAGCCUCGUUGACCUCUCCGGCCUCGACGUCGUCCUGAGCGUGCUUUCCGGCAACAAGGCCACCGAGCAGCGCACCGUGCAGGCCAAGGAUGCGCGCUGCGCCAGCGGCAAGCAGUGCUGCUGGCAGCGCGCCAACAAGGCCGCCUCGUGCCCGAGCGGCUGGAGCUCGUACAGCAAGAGCACGCUCAUCGACCUCUCCGACAUCACCAUUGACCUCAGCAUCCUCUCGGACAACGGCAAGGUGACCGACUCGCGCAAGGUCAAGGCCAAGGACGCCAGCUGCGGCGCCGGCCAGCGCUGCUGCUACCAGAAGAGCGAGAGCAAGUCGAGCCUCGUCGACGCCAGCGGCCUCGACCUCGGCCUCGACAUCCUGAGCAACAACAAGGACAACGGCAAGGGCGGCCUCCUCGGCGGCAACGUCAUCCCCGGCCUGCUCCGCUAA